AUUAUUACCUUCUCUCACUCACUCUGAUUUCUUUUUCAUUUCUCACUCCAACAUCCCGCUCCCUCAUUUUCAUCCCUAUCACUGUCGCCACCGGUAGCCUCCCAGGCGACCGCGGAACAUUCUUCUCCCCAUCACCUUGCCGCCCAAAAUACUGCCCCACCGCGCCGUCCAACACUCUCCUCCACCACAACAAUCUUCCACAUCACUGCGCCGCAUCCAACAUCCUCUCCUGAAUCUACUGGUUUGAAGCUGGUACUGUCUUGAAGCAACACUUCCUCGUUGUUAGUAAAAGAUUAGAAUAGAAGAAAAAUGCUAAGGAGAAGGCUUUCUGUUCUCUCGACUUCAAUCAUCCGAAGUUCGAUUCACAACAAAUCUGCUCUCGGAUGUCCGUCCGUCCAAUUUAAUCCCUUGCAGCUCCCUCCUUACUCUUCCAACGUUGGUGCUACAUUUAAUCCCAAUGCACGUUCAAAUUUUCAUGGUCUUAGAGCUUAUAGUCUUCUGUGCUUGAAUGAUCUAAGAGGUAACGUUCCCCGAAAACAGAAGACAAGGAAAGGUCGUGGUAUUGGGUCUGGAAAGGGCAAGACUGCUGGGAGGGGUCACAAGGGCCAGAGAGCCAGAAAAGGUUCAAAAUUGGGUUUUGAAGGAGGCCAAACCCCUCUUCGUCGUAGGAUGCCUAAACGUGGCUUCAAGAACCCAUUUAGCCUCACUUUUCAGCCAAUAGGUUUGGGAAAAAUUGCAACGUUUAUCAAUGCAGGGAAAAUAGAUUCUUCUGAGCUGAUUACAAUGAAAACACUUAAGGAUGCUGGGGUUCUCGGGAAGCAAAUUAAAGAUGGAGUAAGAUUGAUGGGGCGUGGUUCUGAGAAGAUCCAAUGGCCAAUUCAUCUUGAGGUAACAAGGGUUACUGUUAGGGCCAAGGAAGCAGUUGAAGCAGCUGGUGGGUCUGUCAGAAAGGUGUAUUACAAUAAGUUAGGUUUCCGGGCACUGUUGAAGCCCGAGUGGUUUGAGAAGAAGGGAAGAUUGUUGCCUAAAGCAGCUAGACCUCCUCCAAAACAAAAGGAUAAAGUUGAUAGCAUUGGACGACUACCUGCCCCGAAGAAGCCAAUUCCAUUUUUAGUUGAAGGAGGCAAGGAUCUUCCAGUAGAGCAGCUAAGUUAAAUAACUAACAUGUUUACGUACCCUUUUUAUGGAAUUUGUAAUUCUUUUUUUUCGUCAGCGGUUUGCUCAAAAGGGAUUUUAUGCAAUCGCUCACGAUGUCCCGGUAGUUCAUUCCUAAUAGUUAAAUUGAUUUCAUUUGGGACAAAUGAAAUGAAGAAAUCUUGUUUUUAUAUAAUAUUCUUAAGUCACUCAGCUGAGCAGAUCUAAAAUUUGAGUGUGCUGAGAUGAGAGUAUGGUGUUGGUCUCUUCAAUAAUGGAAAAUUGCUAGAACUAUUUCCUUUUUA